ACCGGACGUUAUGUUGGUGUUCAUUCACUUGUCUUUAAUUUGCAUUGUGUAUCCGUGACGUGACUUAAAGAUGAAGACUGUUCUGGUACAUUAUCCGAAAUAGCUGACUGGACACCAAUGAUCCUUGGAUGCAAUACUAAUCAAAAUCGCAAGACUUGAACUUGAUAGAAAGAAACGCCACUGUUCCAAUGUUGGAGUCUCACUGAAGGUGUCGUGUGUCGCCGUGUGAGUGUGUGGAGACUGAAAGAGAUCAUACUAGCACAGCAGUAGUACAUCGCGGAUAAUAAUGGACAAAAGCGACGAAUCACUCACCCGGUCAGCAGAUCGUGUUUACUCUGUUGAGUUGCCAGAUGGAGGACAUCACCGACAACCGAAUGAACAAAAUAAAAACCAUGGAUGGACUGAUCGGCACACUUUUGCCUUGAUGAAUCUCUUGGGUCAGUGCAUCGCCUUUAUGAACAGAGGAUGUCUCUCCGUUGCUAUCGUGGCCAUGGUGUCCUCCGGUGGCUCCAAUUCGACUCACGGAGGAGAGCAUGGCGAUGUCUGUCCAGUGCCACCCAGUGCCAACGAUACUCUUGGUCCAGAAAAGGAGGGCGAAUUCGACUGGGAUGAGCAGCUGCAAGGCGUAGUGCUUGGGUCCUUCUACUAUGGAUACGUAUCGUCGUGUUUUCUUGGGGGAUUACUGACGGAUUACUUCGGUGGUCGCCUCAUGUACGGUGUCAGCAUCAUGGGACUAUCAGUACUGAGUGUGUUCUCUCCCAUCUCCGCUCGGACUUCUGUUGAGCUCUUUAUUGCUAACAAAGUUAUUUCUGGACUGAUACAGGGCCCGAUGUACCCUUCGCUUCACUCACUGAUGGCCUCGAGGAUCCCUCCACACCUCAGGGCUAAGUACAACUCCAUUUGUCUAACCGGCAGCACGUUUGGAAACGUCUUCUCAAUGGCUCUUGGAGGACUCUUGGCCAGUUCCAGCUUUCUCGGAGGUUGGCCGUCUGUAUUCUACGUCUUCGGCGCAGCAGGAAUUCUCUGGAGUAUUCUAUGGUUCUUGCUGAUUAAGGACGACCCCCAUAGAAACGAUGUUCUCUCGGGAAAUGAUGUAGUACAUUACCAAGACAGAAGUAUGUUAAAAGAGGUUAGGUUCAAGAGUAUCCUGACGUCUCUGCCGUUCUGGAGUCUCGUGCUCUUUCAUUUUGGUGAUUCCUUCGGCUACUACAUGUUGUCCUCAGAGAUUCCAACUUACUUGAACAAUAUCCAGUAUGUCGAUCUUAAAAAGAAUGGUCUGGUAUCAUCUUUGCCUUACAUAUUGCAAAUAUUCUUCAGCAUGGCUUGGGGGAUCGCCAUCAAUAGACUGAUUCUAUCUGGUCGGAUUUCAAUUUUGGCGUCGCGCAGAAUUUCCUCAGCAGUAGGAAUGUACUGUGCUGGCCUCGCCCUGGUAGCGAUGUGUUUCGUCAACUGUAAUUCAUCGCUUGCCGUGGCCGUCCUGUGCAUAGCGGUGGGCAUUACUGGGGCCUCUAAUAGCGGGGGUUAUUUGGGAGAGCAGGAUAUAUGUCCUACGCCUCUGGUAGGAGUCAUCAAAGGAAUGUCUGCUACCGUGUCUUCUAGUACGGGAUUCAUAGCUCCUCUCGUCACAGGAAGCAUCAUAGUGGGAAACGAAACUUUGUCAGCUUGGAGAACGGCGUUCCUCAUAGCAGCUGCGCUGUAUAUCAUCCCUGGAACGAUUUACCUGAUUUUCACAACUGAGAAGGUUCAGCCGUGGAUUAAAAGUGAAAAGGAUGCAGAAACAAAUAAAUUCUAGAAGCCACAUCACACUGCAGAUGUACAGGAAAGGCUGCCAUAUUUUUCAGCUUACUUCGUCAGCCGAAACUAGAGUGAUACUCGUUUCAUGUAUAAACACGAACUAGAAAUAAUUAGUACUAGUUUUUAUGGCGUGGCCAAUGCCCGUGGCAUUUGUAAGACUUUGGCUCUAAAGGCAGCAUACAAUACGGUAGUAUUGCAGUCAUACAUCUAUUGUAGCUACUUAGUGAGCCCUGCUCCAGUUUCUAUCAUAUAGAAAAAAAAUUAAUAAAAUUAUAAUUUGUU